UCAGAUUCAAAGCUGGAGACUCGGGGACUACAGUCAAGAUGGCCCCGACGCAGACUUCUGUCCACCAUCAUAGGAACACCACCAAAGUCGAUCAUAAACCAUUCAAAUCUCGAUUUGCCUCCAAGAGUGCUUUGAAGGAUCGCGCCAAAGGCAAGGUCGAGAGUUCCAGACCGGAAAAAGGCAAAAGAGGAACACCCCAUCAACAAGUCAUGUCCAAAUUGGCCCGACGAAACCAAGCCAAACAACUGCGUAUGCACCAUAGAGAGAAACGCAAUCAUGAGGAGAACAUCUUUCAGGGUGCCGACGGUGCCGCCAAACAUAUCGCUGUUGUCCCUCUGUCGAGCCAGGUCGAUGUAUAUUCCGCCAUCGGAGACCUGAAUGAGAGUGUCGAUAUUUCCAGACCAGAGUCCGCCACGGGGACCGUCCCCGCCAGAGUCGAUCGAUUUCGUCGCAACUUGCUCUAUCUUCCUGCCCGAUUCGACCUCCUCAAUGCCCUUGAUAUUUGCAAAUUAGCCGACUGGGUCAUCUUUGUCCUCGACGCAGACCAGACUUUUGGACAAGAGGAGGACUCGUUUUUAAGAGCCAUUGAAGGACAAGGCAUCACCAAUGUUACCGCUGUGGUCAAAGACUUAGACUCGAAGGUCCCUGCCGCGAAACGGUCCCGCCACUUGACUGAUUUGAAAAUCUCGAUUGGCCAUUACUUCCCCAGCCUGGAUAGACUUUCAAAUCUCGACAAUAAGUCAGACUGCUCAAACUUGGUGCGGAGUUUGUGUACUGCCUCAACCAGGGGCAUUCGCUGGCGAGAUGAUCGGAGUUGGAUGUUGAUUGAGAAUGUGGAGUGGGCUGCCAACACUGAAGGAGGCUCGACGAGCAAUGUGACGGUGUCCGGUACCAUUCGAGGAAAAGGUUUGAAUGCUGAUCGUCUGGUCCAUAUACCAGGAUGGGGUGAUUUCCAGAUUGAAUGCAUUAAAGAAUCACCCGCCCAAGGUCACAAGCGCAAAGCAGAUGAGAUGGAUGCCGACAUACCUGUCAAGACAUGGUCACCAUCAGCAGAGCAGGACGAUCUCGCCGAGCUCGCCCCAGAACAGGUGGACAUGCAAGAUAUUGCGAGCACUGCAGCAACCAACGACCACAAGGGUGUGCUCCUCGACGAUCACCAUUAUUUCUCCGAUGACAACUCCCAUAUCCCAGCACGACCCAAGAAACUUCCCGAAGGCACCUCCAAUUACCAAGCGGCCUGGUAUCUAGAUGAUGUGUCAGAUUCAGACUCGGAGUUCAUGGAUGAUGAUGUUGACCGUGAUAUGGAUAUGGAGGCUGAAAAGUUAGGUCCUGAGGAUGGAUUUGUUCUGAAUGAAGGAGAUGGGAUGACUGAGGGUGGUCUUUCAGAAUAUCCAGAGUCAGAGAUGCACGUGGAUGCCGACGAUGAAGAAGAGGCACGACAAUUGGAGGAACAUCGAGCCAGCCGAAAACAAGAAGCCGAAGAAGAUCUUGAAUUCCCUGAUGAGAUUGAGCUGCAUCCAGAGGUCGCUGCUCGAGAACGCCUUGCCAAAUAUCGUGGUCUAAAGAGUCUCAGAACCAGCGAAUGGAAUCAUGCCGAGGAUUUACCAUAUCAACCGUUGGACUACAAUCGUCUCCUUCAGAUUGCCGACUACAAAAAGUCGUACACUGCGGCCGUUCGAGAAUCUUUCGGUGGUGGUGUUGUGGCUGGGACCAAGGUUGAGAUCGAGCUUCGAAACGUCCCUACGUCCCUCCAGACAACAACUCCAUCUUCAUUAUUCUCCCUCCUUCGUCACGAACACAAGCACGCAGUCAUCAAUCUCAACUUGACCCUCCAUUCUCUCGUUGAAGGCCCACUCAAGUCUAAGGACGAACUCGUUGUGCAAAUUGGCCAUCGGAGACUACUGAUCAACCCUAUUCUAUCUGCCUCUGGACAGACGCCUAACGAUGUACACAAAUUCGACCGCUUCCUACAUCCAGGUGGCACCUCCAUUGCCACUUUCACUGGGCCUCUCACAUGGGGAUCUGUACCGGUGCUCGUGUUCCGUCGCGGUUCCUCUGCCACUGACGAUCAGCAAGACCCACCACAGCUCAUUGACAGCACUACACCGAGCACCAGCAACCCCUCAACCUCUCCUCUGGAAUUUAUUGGAACUGCAACCACCAUCCCACCGUCACACACGCGCGUCAUCGCCAAACGAGUCAUUCUUACUGGCGCACCAUUCAAGAUUCACAAGAAGCUCGUGACAGUGCGAUACAUGUUCUUCAGUCGAGAAGACGUGCUCUGGUUCGCCGCUCUUCCAUUGUGGACCAAACGUGGUCGCCAGGGGUUCAUCAAGGAGCCUUUGGGUACGCACGGAUACUUCAAGGCCACAUUUGACGGAAAGAUCAACCCGAUGGACGCCAUUGGUGUCAGUCUGUAUAAACGGGUCUGGCCUCGACCGGCAACAGUUUAUGAAUGAUGAAAUAAAAUUUCAUGUAAUGAGCAGCAUGACACAAUGAAAUGAAAAUGAGGGAGAUGGAGACUUUCUAGAUACUCCGAAUUAUA